UGCCCCGGCCCCAGAGAGACUUGCUGCAUGGCCCCUACCCACCCAGAGCCCCCAACCCUAUCCCCACAGUUUGCUGCUUUCCCUGUGUCCCCCUAUACCAACUCCUUCCCCUUCGUUAGAGACUUCUUAAUUCCUCCCUGUCUCCAGACCUUGUUCUCCCCCUGCAUUUCCAGCACUGGGUUUGUGUGGGAGAGGAAAGAGCCCUGUAGGGACUUUCCUACCCUGGGACAUUUUGAAUGAGGGAGCUUCGUGCCCCCCAACUCUGGGAGAAGACACAUUGCCCUAUCCCUUGGUAAUAGGAAUGUGUCUGCAAGGUGGGACACUUCACAAUCUGUUUUAAAAUUAUUCUCCUUCCAAAUGAGUGGGCCUGGACACAUGGAAAAGCAGCUCCCAUAAAACUUAGUGUGGGGUCUGUGGGGGAGGGGAGAAAAGGGAUAAGGCUGGUCUGAGGCCUGAAAGCAACUACAACUCCACUUUUUGGAAUGUCCUACCCUUUUCCUCCAGGAUAUGAAGUACUUCAUGUUCUGUAGCCACCUCUGAGAGUAUGGCCCCGCAUGGAUUUUUAGUUAUCUUAACUAACAUGACUGUAAAUUCUAGUGGACACAGCACGAAAAUGUUUGUGUUUAACCCUAGGCUGCCGCCUAAAUACUACUUGCAGCAAAUAUUUGUACAACAUUUACAGUCUUGUCAGUUAAUGUGCUAAAAAUUCAAGCACAAAAAUGCUUUGCUGUUUUUUGUCUCUUUUCAGUUCUUUGACAACCUGUGAAUUAUAUAGAGUGAAUUAAAUGGAAACCAGUUCCCUGAUUCCCCCACCUUCUCAGUCCUAGAAGGAGAGGAUGCCCAGAGUGUUCUGUAGCUGCAGGGAGACCUGACAAUGAAAGUGACACGUGUGCAAUAGGAGUUCAUCUCAGGUUGAAGGUCAUCUGGAAACUCGCACACAUGAGUGCUAGGGGCUUUCCAGUAAGAGUUCAGAAGUUAGACUCAGACCCUGAGAUUAACUUUAAAAAAAAAAUCUUCUGACAUUUAAACAAAACUAAUUUUGGAAGGGCUGGGGUUGUGUGUCAUGAUUUUUUUUUAUUAUUAUUAUUCUUGGGGUUGGCAACAUUCAAAUUGAUCCUUUUAAAAGGGGUCAGUUAAUUAAAAAAAAAAAAAAGUAAGUGAAAAGAUGAACUCUCCCUGCCCAAACACUUCAUCUGAGACCUGGGAGUAAAUCAUGAGAUACUGAAGCAUUCUCUAGUCUACAGCCCUACUAGGAAAUCUUGUAACAGAAGUGAAUGUAUUUAAUGGAAACACUUGAAGUGACCUGUUUUGGGGUUGAGGGCCUUUUGUGUCUAUGGUGUUUAAUAUUAAUCCAUUAAUAAACACACAAGCUAUUUAAGUAAUUGUCUUCCAACCUUGAAAAAUGUUCCUAUUCAGGCUUCCACAGUGAUCUAACCUCUGCUGGAGUCUUUGCAAAUUGCAGGACUGACUUAUCUCCAAAGUGAGGAGGAAUAAUUUUGUUUCAUUUUUAUCAUUUUAAUUUAAAUGCCAGCUGCAGGCUUUGUCAGUUUUAGCCAUCUGAAAGAAGCAGCAAAGCAAUGAGUUUGAGUCCACCAACAAAAAAAAAAAAUGUUACUUGGUUUGAUACAAGUGAGUCUUGUGAAGUGAUUUUUUUGAGUCUAAAUUCUCUUAUUGUGGUUAGGUACUGUAGUAUUUCCAGACAAACUUCAAAAUGUGCUGUUAGAAAAGGGUAAAAUAAUCAGAGUAUACCAUCGUGUGCAAGAUUAAUUGGACCAUUUUCAGACCUUCUGUAAGCAGGUGCAACUCUCUUGACUUCAGUGAAUUUGUACCCUUUAAAUCAACUCUGGGUGUGGUCCAGUUCUUUCAGAUUAAUUAUACAGGGACAGCACUAUGUUAAUUUUUGACCCAGUGCAUAAAUUUUGCACAAAUAAGCUUUUAGAAAAACUAUGAUCAAUAGAAAUGUUCCCUUUUUUAAAAAGUAUUUGAAUGGAAAAUGUUUUUUAAAUAAAUAAAUUGUACAGUGGCUAAAACCAAACAUUUUAGUCUUGUGCCUGAGGACCAGAAACUGAAGCUGACUAGAAACAAAUGUGAAAAUGACUAGGCUCUCUAUUAUCCAAGCUAUUGUAAAUGCAAACAGUAAGCAGUAUAAAUGGUGAAAAGUAAAUUGGAUUUCUACUAUUGUUUUACUCAUCUUUGAUGUCGGUGAGAAGCACAUUCUUGUAAAUACAUUUUUAAUUCAAGAGCCCCUUUAAUCUGAAGGAAGAUUGUAAAAAUACUGAGAGAUCCCUAAAUCAUUGUGUUAAAAGUGUUUCCAAUAUGUACACUGAAAUGGAUUUCAUAUUAGGAAUCUUAUAACCUAACCAAAAUUUAAUUGCCAUAGUAUAUGGAGGGAGGAAGUGCCAAUGUUGUAAGAGUGUACUGCCCCUUGGUGGUGGACAGUCAUCACUACAUAUUUUAUAGACCUUUCAUAAUUUGUUUUAAUUUACCUGAUGAUUUAUCUAACAUCUGUUUGAGGUUCAUACCCUUACUGAUAGCAUAAUGGGGUGAGGCAAAGGGACUUCCUGUACAAAACCAAGAAACUGGUUAGAAAUACUGAACACUGAUUGAAAUUCAUCUUUAAUUUUGCAUAAGAUUUGACUUUUUUUCUAUGAAGAUUUUUUUUUUUUGACCCACCUUUGCCCCUUGUGUCCCUUUUCUAUCCAUCCUGGUGUUCUUGUGGUCCUGUGAGCAACACUUGGUGGUGCUUUUUGUGUAAAGACAUCCAAACUCACGCAGCACUGUGUUCUCUGUCAAUAUGGUGGUUGUGGAUUGCAGCUUUUUCUAGGCUUUGCUGCCUUCUAAUAGAAGGUGUGCUGUGUGCUGCCAGAAACAGCCUUUUCUUAUGGAUUUAUUUGAACCUUCUUGGCAAAUUCAUUUUAGGACUUUUUAAAUAUCCAAAGUGGUGAUAAACAUUAGGGGCAAAAAAUAUCUUAUGUUCUUUAAUAGGAUUUACAGCUGUGAAUGUGCUUUAAUAGAAUGUAUAGCUAGGCUGAAAUCCCCCUCCAUAAUAAAUUAUAACUUCAUGAUUUGGUAUUAUAUUCCCCGUGUUUAUUACUUUAUUUGUCUGCUGCUGUAAAUAUUUGGGAGGGACAAAGGCAUAUGAGCAAAACCAAAAGUUUUGUGCGUGAGAAAACAGGAAGCAUGGGCUAAUGGUUACAGCCGAGAACUCAGACUCAGCAUAUUUAGGUUCUUAUUCUUGGUUUGGCCACUGGCCUGCUCUAUGUCCUUGAGCGAGUCACUUUACCUCUUUCUCCGUUCUGCCCAUCUGUGAAAUGAAGAUAAUGCCACUUCUUUAUCUGACAAGGUGUUUUGAGACCUAAUUUCUGAAAGUAUGUGAAGUGCUUUGAACUCUUUGUGUGUAUUAUAGAAAGCUGAAUCAGCAAAAUUACUGAGUGGAGAGCAGAGUGUGAACCUACAGGCAACCUAGCACCUACCAUUUCUCAAAGCAAGAAGGCAGUAAGGGCUAUGAGGGCCGAGGAAAGACUCAUGUUAUCCUAAAGCUCCCUAGAGAACAGCAUAGCAGAUCUGGAUUGCUUAGCUGCCUUCCAUGGCCGUUUCAAAAGCCAGAGAGAGAAUUUUCCCUGCCGAAAGCAGCAGUGACCCACUGAGGCAACUUCCAAAGUCAUGAUGAAGCUGAUGAAUAGAAGAGACCCCUAUGUUCGAGAGGUCAUCCGGUUUGCAGUGUAUUGCAGAGCCCUGACACUUGUGCUCCAGGCCCUGUUUAACUUCUUGAUCCCGGAUCAUGCAGCGGAUGCCUUCUCUCCUCCCCGCCUGUCAGAACCCAGCCUUUGUGACUGGUUGUCAGAAUGGCUCUUGGGGGGCUUGUCACACUGGGAUGCAGAGCACUUCCUGUUCAUAGCUGAGCAUGGGUACCUGUAUGAGCACAACUUCGCCUUCUUCCCAGUGUACCCCCUCAGUGUGCGAGCCGUGGCAGAAGUCACACUGUGGCCCCUGCAAGGGCUGCUGUGUUUACGGAGCCGCCUGCUCUUGUCAGCGGUGCUUUUAAAUGCUCUCCUCUCAGUCCUGGCAGCUGCUGUCCUCUAUGAGCUGGGGUGCGUGGUGCUACGGUGUCGCAGGAUGGCCUUUAUCUCUGCUGUCCUCUUCUGCCUCACCCCCGCCAAUGUGUUCAUGACAGCCGCUUACUCAGAAAGCAUGUUUGCUUUCCUGGUGUUCAGUGCCAUGCUGCAGCUGGAGAAAGGGCAGAGCUGGACCAGCGGACUGCUCUUCUCCCUUGCUGCUGCUGUGCGCUCCAACGGGGUGAUCAACACUGGCUUCCUCAUCUAUUCCCAGAGUAAAGACCUUGCCCUCCAACUCCAGGCAGGUGCCUGGACUGUAAUGAAGCUGCCUCAGGUCUGGAGACGACUCCUCCGCUUUGCAGCUUCAGUGGUUCUGAUGUCUGCUGGGGUCUUUUUCCCUUUUGCUUUGUUUCAGUCCUAUGCCUACUUGAGAUUCUGCAGUCCUGAUGCCAGCUCUGAACAUGGAGUUCCCAGGCCGCUAUUGCAGCUGGCUGUGGAUAAGGGGUAUCGUCUAGCGGCCAUGAAUGAGAUAAAACCUGCGUGGUGCUCCCAGGGGCUCCCUGUGGUCUAUUCUUACAUUCAAGAUGUUUACUGGAAUGUGGGCUUUCUAAGGUACUUUGAGCUUAAACAGGUGCCCAACUUCCUGCUAGCUGUGCCGGUUACUGUGCUGGGCUCUUGGGCCACCUGGUUCUACCUCACUGCAAAUCCCCAGUACUGCUUAAUGCUUGGCCUAGUGAGAAGAAAGAAGGAAGCAAGGAAAGGAGAGGACUCUGAUAAGCCCAUGGAUGGAUUUUGCUGCUCCAGUGUCUUCGUUUACAUGGUCCAUGCCAUGGCUCUUCUGGCCUUCGGAAUCCUCUGCAUGCAUGUGCAGGUUGUAACCAGGUUCCUAGGCUCAUCUACACCAGUCUUGUACUGGUUCUCUGCUCAUCUGCUCCAGGACUAUGAACCUUUGCUGUGGAAAGAAGGAGCUGCUAUCCAGACUGCAGCAUCCCUCUCCGAGAAGCCCAGUGUAGGCAGCUCUUUUCCUGGAGCGUUCAGAAAAGGGAUUUCUGAAAACCCCAUCGUGAAAUUACUGCUGAACUGGAGAAUAAGUUCCCCUCUCACCAAAUGCAUUCUGGGAUAUUUCCUGUCUUACUGGCUGCUGGGGCUGAUCCUACACUGCAACUUCCUGCCUUGGACAUAGAGUUUGAGAACAUGUGUUUGUGAUGGACCUACUAAUGGGAACAGAAUCACUGCUCAGAAUUGAAACUCUUUUUUAAACCUGACAGAAGUGAAUUGAUGCUACUGUCUUUGUUUUUAUUUCCAACGACAUAUAGAGCCUCCAAUAUGUGCACAUGACUCUGUGCUCUUAUUGCUGUAAACCUCAUCCUUCCUCAUUCCAUUCUCCCCCCUACAAUUUUUCACCAUUACUGGUCAUAUGAUGGCUGAAAUCUAAUCUGUAAACUCUU